AUGAUUCCCGUGACCGAGUUUCGCCAGUUUUCGGAGCAGCAGCCGGCGUUCAGGGUGCUGAAGCCUUGGUGGGAUGUGUUCACGGACUAUCUCUCUGUUGCCAUGCUCAUGAUUGGUGUGUUUGGGUGCACGUUACAGGUCAUGCAAGACAAGAUAAUAUGCCUUCCAAAGCGCAUCCAGCCUUGCCAGAACCAAUCUAAUAGUUCAAAUGUGUUUAACACAAUCCAGGAUACAACCCCUCUUCCUCCACCCAGGCCAUCCACCCCUCCAGCUACAGUUGAAAUGAAAGGACUGAAGACUGAUUUGGACCUUCAGCAGUACAGCUUUAUAAAUCAGGUGUGCUACGAACGUGCUCUGCACUGGUAUGCCAAGUACUUCCCUUACCUUGUCCUUAUUCACACACUGGUCUUCAUGCUGUGUAGUAACUUUUGGUUCAAAUUCCCUGGGUCGAGCUCCAAGAUUGAACACUUCAUUUCAAUCCUUGGGAAAUGUUUUGAUUCUCCCUGGACAACAAGAGCCUUAUCCGAAGUGUCAGGGGAAGACUCCGAAGAGAAAGAUAACCGGAAGAACAACAUAAACAAGUCUAAUACUAUCCCACCAAGCACUGAAGGCACUUUGGUCAAGACGCAGUCCCUAAAAUCAAUCCCUGAGAAGUUAGUUGUGGAUAAAGGAACACCUGGGGCGUUAGAUAAGAAAGAAGGGGAACAGGCCAAAGCACUGUUUGAAAAGGUGAAGAAAUUUCGACUGCACGUGGAGGAGGGUGACAUCCUCUAUGUCAUGUAUGUUCGCCAGACUGUACUCAAGGUAAUUAAAUUCCUUAUUAUUAUUGCUUACAACACGGCGCUGGUCUCGGAGGUGAAUUUUACAGUAGUCUGUAACGUUGAUAUUGAAGACAUGACGGGAUAUAAGAACUUCUGCUGCAAUCACACCAUGGCACAUCUGUUCUCUAAGCUUUCUUACUGCUACCUGUGCUUUGUAAGCAUCUAUGGCCUCACCUGCCUUUAUACACUGUACUGGUUGUUCUACCGCUCGCUGAAAGAGUAUUCUUUCGAAUACGUUCGGCAAGAGACGGGAAUUGACGACAUCCCAGAUGUCAAGAACGACUUUGCUUUUAUGCUUCAUAUGAUUGACCAGUAUGAUCCUCUCUAUUCCAAGAGGUUUGCUGUCUUCCUGUCCGAAGUCAGUGAAAAUAAGCUGAAACAGCUGAACCUGAACAACGAGUGGACCGCAGAUAAGCUGCGGCAGAGGCUACAGACGAACUCCCAUAGCCAUUUGGAGCUACAGCUUUUCAUGCUCUCUGGACUGCCCGACACGGUCUUCGAAAUUACUGAGCUGCAGUCGUUAAAACUUGAAAUCAUUAAUAAUGUCAUGAUACCAGCAACCAUUGCACAGUUGGACAACCUCCAGGAGCUCUCGUUGCACCAGUGCUCUGUGAAGAUCCACAGUGCUGCCUUGGCGUUUCUGAAGGAGAAUCUCAAGAUCUUAAGUGUCAAGUUUGAUGACAUCAGAGAACUUCCACACUGGAUGUAUGGCCUCAGAAAUUUGGAAGAGCUCUAUUUAAUUGGCUCCCUGAGUCACGAUAUUUCCAAGAACAUUACACUGGAGUCUUUUCGGGAACUUAAAAGCCUUAAAGUUCUUUAUAUAAAGAGUAAUUUGUCCAAAAUCCCACAAUCUGCAGUCGAUGUUUCAAGUCACCUGCAAAAACUAUGCAUCCAUAACGACGGCACUAAGCUGGUGAUGCUCAACAACCUGAAGAAGAUGGUCAACCUGACACAGCUGGAACUGGUUCAUUGUGAUUUAGAGCGCAUACCUCAUGCAGUCUUCAGCCUUCUCAGCCUUCAGGAAUUGGAUCUGAAGGAAAACAACCUCAAAUCCAUUGAAGAAAUAGUAAGUUUCCAACAUCUACGAAAACUGACAAUCCUGAAGCUGUGGUACAACAGUAUAACAUACAUCCCAGAGCAUAUAAAGAAACUCACCAGUCUCGAGCGGCUCUCCUUCAGCCAUAACAAAAUAGAGGUUCUUCCGUCCCACCUAUUCCUAUGCAACAAAAUCAGAUACUUGGAUUUGUCUUACAAUGACAUUCGCUUUAUCCCACCUGAAAUAGGAGUUCUGCAGAGUUUACAGUACUUUUCCAUCACCUGCAACAAAGUGGAGAGCGUGCCAGACGAACUGUACUUCUGCAAAAAACUGAAGACUCUGAAAAUUGGGAAAAACAACUUGUCAGUCCUUUCUCCUAAAAUCGGGAAUUUGGUGUUCCUCUCCUACUUGGAUAUUAAAGGCAAUCACUUUGAAAUCCUCCCACCUGAGCUCGGGGAGUGCAGGGCUCUGAAGCGGACUGGUUUCACUGUAGAGGACACCUUGUUUGAGACGUUGCCUUCUGAUGUCAGGGAACAAAUGAAAGCGGAAUGACUAACUUGUGCUGAGUUACAUACAGAAAUAACGCUUCUACCAAAUACGCUGUAGAAAGUGCAUACUCCAAAUAUGCAUUUAGUUUGUCAUUAUUACUUUUUCUCCUUUUUUCAAGCAGAUCCUUUCUGUACAAACUUGGAGCGAGGAGUACGUAUAUUUUUAAAUAAAAUGUUCUGGUAUUUUU